CUGCAGCCAUAGCAGCAAGCUGGGACGGUGUAAACAAAGCGAUAAUAUUUAGCUAGCUUGGCUAGCUAGCUUCAUUGGUAGAAUCCUGUCCAAUACUUUAAAUAUGUUUUUACUGAACAAACAUAAUUAACGGAUUUCUUGUAUUUUUAUUGAUCCGAUUUUAUCUACAUUUGCCGAUUUUUUGGGAAUAUAACAAAAUGACAUGGUCGCUAUGUGUUUAGAUAGAUAAGGUUAUCUGGCAAAUAAAUCACAGCGAGAUGUGCUAGAUAAUUAGCCAGCGAGCUGCAUUACCAGGGGACUUUUCUAGCUAAGUUACCGAAUAACGGUAGCGUGGAUUAUUUACGUUGUCCUCAAACACGGAGUGCAUAAUGUAUAGUUCUGAAAUUAAACAUAUCUACUUUUAGCCUGUUGAUUAAUGAGUGUUUGGUUCUAGCUAACGGUUGCUAGCUAGCUAACAUUACUUAAGCUUUCUAGCUAGCUAACGGUUUCUGUAAUGUAGCCAUAGACUAUAUAUGCUUCCAGAAGGCGUUGACAAAUGUAUUCUUUUAAUGUUACUGUGUAACCUCGCCGUUUUGUUUAUUUAAGAAAAAUAAGCUUUUUUUUUUUUUUUUUUUUUUGCUUCUAGACUAUCUAGUUUAUGACUUAUGAAUUUAUUCUGCCAGUUAACUAACUCGGUAACGUUCGCUUGAUAGCAAGGCUAACAUGCAUGGGGACAGAGUGGGAAUGUCAAAACCUGCUGGGAAGCAGAUAGUAUAACUUAGCUGGGUAGUUGCUUUGCCUAUGAUCAAUCUCCUAACAUAUGAGUUUGAAGUGCAAUGUUCAGCCUGAUGGCGAACUGCUGCAACUGGUUGAAACGUUGGCGAGAGCCUUCAAGGAAAGUAACUCUGGUGAUGGUGGGACUGGACAACGCAGGGAAAAGCGCCACAGUCAGAGGGAUUCAGGGAGAAAACCCAGAGGAUGUGGCCCCCACUGUUGGAUUUUCCAAGGUGGACCUGAAGCAGGGGAAGUUCGAGGUGACCAUCUUCGACCUGGGCGGGGGGAAAAAGAUCCGGGGCAUCUGGAAGAACUACUACUCCGAGUCGUACGGUGUGGUGUUUGUGGUGGACUCGAGCGACGUGCAGCGAAUCCAGGAGACCAAGGACAUCAUGGCCGAGGUCCUGCGCCACCCCCGCAUUGCCGGGAAGCCCGUGUUGGUGCUUGCCAACAAACAGGAUCAAGAUGGGGCAAUGCAUGAGGCUGACAUCAUCGAGUACCUGUCCCUGGAGAAACUUGUGAAUGAGAACAAAUGUCUCUGUCAAAUAGAGCCGUGCUCGGCUGUCCUUGGCUACGGGAAGAAGCUGGACAAGUCCAUUAAGAACGGGCUCAGCUGGCUGCUGAGCAACAUCGCCAAGGACUACGAAGCCCUCAACGAGCGUGUGCAGAAGGACACGGCGGAGCAGAGGGCUCAGGAGGAGCAGGAAAAGAAAGAGCGCGCCGAGAGAGUGCGUCGGGUCCGAGAGGAGAGGGAGCAGAGGGAAAGAGAGGAGGCAGAGCGAGAGGGUAGGACCCUACAGGAGGAGGAGCCCGAUGAUGUCAACAUGGCCAACCCCUUCCAGCCAAUCAGCAAUGUCAUCACAGAGAAUGAGGACAAGUUGAAAAAGGAGAAGGAGAGGAAGAGGCAGAGAGAGGCACAGGAGGAGCAGAACAGCCCCACCCUCACACAGCAGCCACAAGAGGAAGAGGAGGAGGAGGAAGGAGAGGAGGAGAGCGAACGACAGACCCCAGAGAGCGCAGAGUCAGCAGACCAAGCCAAGAAGAAGACCAAGAAACUACGCCUGAAGAGAAAGCACAGAGUAGACCCCUUAAGAACAGAGGAGGUGGCCCAAGAGAGCCCCACCCCCCCACCACCUCCAAUUGGAUGGGCUACUCCCAAAGUUACUAGACUUCCCAAACUUGAGCCUCUUGGAGAUACAAGACGUUCUGAUUUCUAUGGCAAACCCCUCCCUCCCGUCUCAGUUAGGCAAAGACCUAAUAGUGACACUCAUGAUGUAAUUUCCUAAUCCUUCUGUGGCUGUCCCCUCCCCCCCACCACCACCAAAAAAAAAAAAAAAAAUCAUGUAUCUUUCAUUUUAUUUAUUUUCCCUUUCCAAGUACGUGGAGUAUAGAAGUUUACAAGAACAUUCUGCCCUGGAUUAGAAAACUGACACCCAACCAACACUAACUGCACGGACAGCGACCCAUUUCCAAGAGGACUAGGAUGGACCCUUAUCUCAACCCUGCUCUGGAGAAUUUAAUCUACCUUCAAACUGACAGUCUGAAGACUCAAGUUAGGAAAUGCGGACAAGAACAGUUCAGUGUUUCCUUACGUGCUUCAAGAGAACAUUAUUUGUCUUCUUUCAUUCUUCAGCAUGCAUUUGCUACUGGCUCUUAAUGGACUUCAAAACCCUUUGACAAAGAAAUCUGCAAACUUAUUUUAAUUUUUUAAUAUAUUUUUUUCUAUUGCUUAGUUAUCAGUAUUUGUACAGAGUUUGUAGGCUUUUUGUGGUCGCUGUUUUAUUCUUUGCUCAUUCCAUUUCCAAAGCCUUGUAUGACUUUCAGGCAAAUUCUUCAUUCUGCAUUUUUUAUGGGUAUCUUUUCCAUAAAAUAUUUUUUUUUUAAACCAAUAAUGAUCUUAAGAAAAGUUUAUGGGAAAUAAUGUUAAUAGGUAAUUUUCACUAAACUGCUACACCAAUCAGAUUUUCCAAGGUAUUUAAAGCCAUACUAUGCAGGAUUUUUAGCCUUGCUGUGGUCCUGUGUUUACAAUCAAAGAAGUCUCCUGCUGCAUCAUCAACCCUGCCCACUCAACUUCUUUGAGGGCAAGAAACAUCCUUGAACGCAGCAAGCGUAGCUGACUGGCUAGAGGUAAUGUUACUUGCAGGUCCAACAGAAAACACGCGAAAUUCACAUCCCUUUUUUCAUCCUCUUGGUGAACUUUCGUUGUGGCCAUCAAGAAAAAUCAAUUCCGGGGUUGACUCUAGUUUUUGAACCCUGUCAUUUUACUGUACUAGUAGCUAGCUACAAACGCUCUGCUGAAAUCUGUUACCACUCCACUUGCUCUGUAGCCUGUCACCCCUCCCCACACAAAAAAUAGCAUAAUUUCCAGAAACAUCCUGAACAUACUUUAGAAGAA